UAGGUCGCAAGCUUUCAAACUCAGCGAUCCAGCCAGUCCGCGGCCGUCUGUGCUCCGCGAAACGCGAUUUCCGGAGUUCGUGAUUAAAUUCGAAAUCGAUCGUACGAUUUUCAUCGCUCUUCAAUUUGGGAAGAUCGUUGGACGUUACCAUUUCACGACGGACAAGUACGACAAUUUGCGAUCGUUCUGAAAACGAUCCCCAGAGGUGUCACGUCAGCGAAAAUCAAGAUUCCGCGUUGAACAUCGAAAGCUUCGGGGGAUGCGAAAACCGGUGGACGAUGUCGACAGGACCAACCUGGGGGUCAAGGUUGUUCCUCGCGUUCGCGACAACCACGAUCGUAAUCACCAAUUAUCAGUGCCACUGCGAGAGGACCCAUCUACGCGAGAAGCUUGUUAACGGCUACCGAAUGAUGAGAAAUAUCACUGGUUUGCAAGAAGAAAUUUCUGCUAUACUGCCACCAUUAAGAAUACCUCGAUUGAGACAUCACCGUGUAACCGAUUGGGAUCCUUAUUUCGAAAAUGCGGAAGGACAAGGAAUCAAUGGAUCACAAAAUGUGGCAUUGCAUUUGGGAGCUACUGCUUUAUUAGAUUGUCGCGUUGCUAUGCUUGCCGGAAGAAAAGUCAUGUGGGUACGUCGAAACGACGACUGGGGUUCUCUUCUAACUCUAGGCAACAUGACUCACAUUUCCGACACGAGGUACAGCGUCAGUUUCCAGUAUCCAAAUAACUGGAGACUAGCGAUCGCCGGUGUACGAAGAGAAGACCGUGGCUUGUACAUCUGUCAAGUGAAUACACAUCCACCGAGAAUGCUAGUCACGAACGUCACCGUUCUUGCCCCGGAUAUAAAGAUUGUCGAUGAGGCCAGACACGAGUUACGUGAUCGUUAUUAUAAAACUGGAAGUGGUAUUGAACUUUUGUGUGUCGUAAGGCCGUCUUGCCCGGACUCGAAAGUACCGCAUCCCGUAUGGAGGAAAAGUGGAGAGAGUUUGUCAGAUCGUGUUGACGUUUAUCACAUUAACGGGUCGAACGAGGAAGUGAUAACGAAGCUUCAUAUCGAACGAGCGAAAAAGACUGACAGUGGAGAGUAUGCCUGUUCCGUUGGGCAGUUCAGCACGACCGUUGUUCACAUUCACGUUCUUAAUGGUGAGAAACAAGCGGCCGUUCAUCACGAUCAAUGGAACGCAGCAUGCACUGAUUAUUCCGAUGGAAACGGCGAAUUUUUCGUCUUAAUUACUAUCUUUCUAAUACUACAUAAUUUGGCAAUGAAUUCCUUGUAAAUCGUGUCUCUACGUUUAUACGACGUUACACACGAGAACGCACGUACUCGCAUUCAUUCGCGUAAAAGAGCUACGACUUAAAACGCUACAGUUCAUUUUCGCGCAAUUUUCUCUCCUUUCACAUUUCUAAAUACUUCGUCGUGAUAUUAGAAAAUGAAGUACCGUAUCGUACCAUGGUCAUGUAAGCGAGCUACGAAGAUUUUUCUCGAUCAAGCUAGUGAAUAAAAGAACGUUAUUAUAAGCGUAAAAAUUAAAAAAAGGUAAUCUUUAUUAUAUAUAUAUAUAUAUAUAUAUAUAUAUAUAUACAUCUUUUUCUUUAUAUAGAGAGUAAUUCAGUGAUCAUUAAAAAAAAAUUAUUCAUAUAAUAUAUAAGCAAAUCAUUGAAUGUAUCUGCAAUCUUAUAUCAAAUAUUCCUGUUAAGAAUAGUUAUUCAUUCGGAGAAAGUAAACUUAUUUACAUCACUUUCACUUUCACUGGCUUGAUUGAAAAUAUCGAAUAUCUUGAAUAAUUUAAAUCGAUGAAAUUAUUUUUGUUUUAGAACAAUGAUAACCGUACUUUAAGAUUAUUGUUUCGAUAUAUGAAAAAUUAAAUAUAAGUGAGUGUAUAUGAGUGUUGAGGAAGUACUUGGAUGCAGCUACUUUCACCAUAUCGUUAGAUUCGUUCAAAAGUAAAAGCGAUCUUGAAAAAUCAAUACGUACUUCGAGUGAAAAAUGACAGUAUUAUUUCAAGUUUUCAUGAAGAGUGUUUGAUUGAUAUUAUAAAUAUAUACGUAUAUAUGUAUAUGUAAGAAACUUGUAUAUAAGAUAAAACGUUCAUUGUAUCGUAAGAGAACGUUCGAAAUUGCGACCGAACGAACGUUUUCAAAUUAUAUGUAUGUAUGUAAAAUGUAAAUGUAAAAAUAUGAAAGUUAUGGAAAAAUAUUUCAUAAUAAGUUUCGCUCUUAAGAAGUUACCGAUAUCUUAAAAAAUAUUAUUGGUUGAAUAAACUGUUUUUAAGUGCACUCGAGAUCUCGUAAAAUAAAGAGCUACGAAUAAUAAUGA